AUGCAACAAGAAUAUGGAACUGUUGAGUAUGUGGAAAAAGUGACCGUGAAGUUGGAAGAAGAAGUCGCUUGGGCCUCAAAAAUUCUCAAAGAAGAAUCAAUCGUGAAAGUGAGGACUGCUUUCAUCCAUCACUUUAUUACAAACGCUGAGCGACGAGUUUCAAGCGAGUGCAAGCAAAUGAUCGCAGAGGAGCAGAAUGGUAAACUGGCCGCUGUGUACAAAUUCAUGAAGUACAACCCUGACUGCCAAUUUGAGGAGAUAAAAACCAACCUAAAAAAUCAUAUCGAGAAAGAGGUUCUCGCGAGUGUCUCCAACCUGAAAGGAAAUGAUGUUCACACGACUUUCAUUAAAAAUCUGCUUGAUUAUCAUACAAAAUACCAGGACAUGGUCCAAAAUGUUUUUGAUAAUGACCCUCCGUUCGUGGCAGUGUUCGACCAGACAUUCCAUCACGUUAUUAACCAUAAAACUAUCAAAGAUCAGAAUAUCAGUUCUGCCGAAAUGCUGGCUAAGCGUUGUGAUACACUUUUACUUACUACGAAAAUGUCUGAGGGUGAAGUGGACAAAGAAUUGAGCCACACAUUCAACACCAUCUUCCAAUACAUCGAUGAGGGAGAUGAAUUUGAAAAUUUUUAUAUGAAAUUGCUGGCAAAGCGCUUGCUACAAAAUACCGUCCAGUCGAUGGAACUUGAAGAAAAAAUGGUUAAAAUCUUCAUGAAAACAUGUGGUUUCGGGUAUUCAAAUAAACUCACAACGAUGCUGAUGGACAUAAGAUUGUCAGCAGAUAUCACAAACAGAUUCACGCAGAAGAAUAAAAAAAUAGGUUUUGGAUUUGCGGUCAAAAUACCAAAGUGUUCAGUUUGGCCGAUUAGCCAAAAGAAUGUCUUGAACCUCCCUCUUCCGGGCGUGAUAGAAACAACGAUGCACCUGUUUGAAGGCUUCUACAAUGAAAAUUUCAGCGGUCGCAAACUGAAAUGGAUGAACCACUUGAGCUCGAAUGAAAUAAAUAUUAACGUGAAAAGGACGUACAUGGUCACAAUGAACACCUUUCAAAUGGCUAUCUUGUGGCUAUUUCAAAACACCGAUGAUCUCAGUUUCAGCAGUAUCAAAGGAUCAUUGGGAAUUAACGGAGAGAUCCUUUCAAAACAUAUUUCUUCCCUUGUGAAACCGAAAUUGCUCAAUUGUGACACCAAUGUUGUUGGUGAAACGAGCACUUUGACUUUUAAUGUGGCAUUCAAGAAGAACCUCAUUAAAUUUAAAAUUCUUGGCGCUAGCACACGCGUGUCGCCUGAAGAAAAGGAAGAAGUGAUUAAGACUCUAACUGAAGACCGCAAAUAUUUUCUUGAAGCUGCAGUUGUGCGCAUCAUGAAGCACCACAAGGAAAUGAACCACAACGACCUGGUUAAUGAGGUGUUUACUCAAACGAAACGAAAAUUUACGGUCCACAUGCCAAUGCUCAAAAAGAUCAUUGAAAAUCUGAUUGAAAAGGAAUAUUUGCAGAGGGACGCAACGAAAACAGAUGUAUACCAAUACCUCGCCUAA